CGCAGCGCAACGUGACGUGAACUUCUGCUAAGCGAGAGUGCGGCUUUCUAGAAACUGCAUUGUUUUAAACAAUUUGUUUUGCUAAAAAAUUUAGACUAAAAAUACAUUGUUCAGCUAAAAUUAAUUACCCUCAGCUUUCCAUAAUGCAGGAUAAGAUAGAUGCACUUAAACUUGAUAUCGCCGAACUUGAAUCGUUCGAGAAUCAAAGCACGCGUCAAAAAGUCAAAGAUAUUUUAAGCAUAGAAAGACGACGUUUGGUGUCUGAAGUUCUUAAAUUGGAAGAACAAAGUAAACCUGAAUCCAAUAAAUCUAAUGUAACUACUGUAAAGCCUGCCCCUGGCAAAUAUCAGGUUAAAGUAAACAAUUAUGCUUGGGAUCAAACAUCGAAAUUCGUUAAAUUUUAUGUAACUUUAAAAAAUGUACAAAACAUUCCAUUACAAAAUGUAAAAUGCAAAUUUACAACAAAGUCAUUAGAGUUGUUGGUGGAAGAUUUGGAUAAAAAAGAUUAUGUUUUAACAAUAAACAAUCUUUUAAAAGAAGUUGUGCCAGAAGAUAGUUCUUGGAAAGUCAAAACAGAUAUGGUCAUUGUAAGUGUUGCCAAAAAAUCUCAAGACACUUGGUCCCAUGUUACUGGUUGGGAAAAAAAGACUACAGAACCAAAAAGUGUUGAACCUGAUGCCGACCCUGCUGAUGGAAUUAUGUCUUUAAUGAAAAAUAUGUAUGACAAAGGAGACGAUGAAAUGAAAAGGACAAUUGCGAAAGCAUGGACUGAGAGCCAAUCAAAAGGGUCCAACUUCCAACUUUAAAAUACUAUGUUAAGAAUAUUUCUAUUAAUGUAUAUUAUGUACAAGCCAACAUUACAAUAUUUCAAUAUGGUAUUAUAUUUACAUUUAAAUAUAAUACCAUACCUAUUGUUUAAACAUUAAGUUGUAAUAAAACACCUACAUACAAUAAGUAUUUUAUGAAUGUAUUUAGUAAAUGUUAU